UUUAACUGCAGAUAUAAAACUUUGAUAUAAAAUAAGAAAAGGGCCGGUGGACAGAUUUAAUGUAAUGAUUGUAAUUAGUUCUGUUUUACUGUUGCUUUAUCACAAAACCAGAAAAAAAAUCACAAUUUUGAAAAUUCAGACAGACAAUUUUGUAUACCUUAUUUAGUUUAGGCACAAUCAUAAGAUGAGUUACUAAUUAAAAUAUUUCUGUUGUAUCAAACACACCCUAUUUGCAAAUGUUGGACUGCUCCAUUGUUUCUGUACAAUGGAAUUUCCAACUUCAGCAAAAGUUUUCAUCGCCAUCCUUUAAUAUGGUGAUAGAUAUUCCCUUUAUCCUGACAGGGCAGGCCUUCAGAGCAUGGGAACUUGUCACUUUUGUUAUGAAUAUUGAAACUUAAUUAUGAAAUCGAGAAAGAAAUAUUUAUAAUACAUCAUAUCUGUUUUAAUCUACAUUGUUCAUUCUACGUAAAUUAUAGACAAAUGAACAUCAAAAUACAAAUCUAAAAUCCUUAGAUCAUUGGCUAUUAUCAUUAUGCUAGCAAACACUUCACUGUGUUUAUUUUGAUUUUUUAAAAAUGUCAUUUACCAUGCAUUGGAAAUUAAACAAAUAACACUAAAUGCAUGGUAUCUGCACAUUGAAAACAUUAAGACCACAUGCUCUGUUCUGAAUGUGCGCUGCUCUUAAAAUCGAAUUCAUUAUAAUAACAACACAAUUGUAACACUUUCAUAAUUGAUAUCAAAUUGAAUUCUAUUCAUAAUUGAAUACAAAAUAUAUCAAUAAAUCAAUCAUUUCAUCAGUAUACUUUUUGAUGUACAAGUACAUAAGUUAGGACGGGAAAAGCAAAUGAUUUUGUCAAUAAACUAAUCAACAUAUAAUCAAUAAAAUCAAUCAGAUUUGUAGCAUUUCAUGUUUAUUCUAAUGUACAUAUAUCACUUUAUUUCUACAAUUUUGAAAAACUAACACCAAUAAUAAAUCAAUGAAAUUAAUCAUAAUUCUGAAACAAAAUCAAUAUGCCAAUUGCUUCAUUAGUUGUGCAAUCUGUUUUGGUGUGUACUAGUACAUACAAAUAUGAAGGGAAAAGAAAAUGAUUUAUUCAAUGCAUUGAUCAAUAGGUAAUCAAUAAAAUCAAUCAGAUUGGUGGUAGUUCAUGAUUAUUUCAAAGUGUACAUUUACAAAACAACAGAAACAUAUCAUUUAUAUGCUAUGAUUUUGAAAAACUAAAACCAAUAAUAAAUCAAAUAAAAUUUUGAAUUAAAAAAGAUUUUUUUUUUUUUUUUGGUUGAGGCCAAACAUUUUUUAAGAGGCCAAAUUUGAGCCCAGGCCAACUUUUGAGGCCAGGCCAAAAUUUGGGAUGGAGCAUAAUUAGAGGCCAAUAUUGGGGCCAGGCCAAUUUUGAGGCCAGGUCAAUGGGGCCAGGUCAGGUUUUAUAGUAUGCCCUUUAUUGUGUGGAAUAAUGAAAGGAAAUGAGGACAGGAUGCUGUCAACAUACACUGCUGAUAUCAAAAUUGGAUAGUUGGUUACAAUUAUAAAUCUAUCAACAUUUUAAACUUUUACUUUAAAGUGUUCAUUAUAAAAAUAAUUCAAAAAAUAUCUUUGAAAUGUGUUGAUUCAACACAAUCCCCCGUCCCCGACUUGUAUAUAUAUAAUGAAAAUGUAUAUUUUAUACAUAUUUUAUUCAUUGACUCCACUCCAAGACUCCACGACUCCACUCCAUAAAUUACCCCAAGCCGCUGUCAGCCUAGUGACACAUUCACUGAAACAUGAGCAUAUUACACCAAUUUUCAUAUCGCUUCUCUGGUUACCUGUGACAUAUCGAACGAAAUACAAAAUCCUGUUGUGUACUUUCAAGACUCUACAUGGAUUAGCUCCUGCAUACAUCCAGGAACUAGUUCAAGUCUACCAUCCACAGCGAACACUUCGUUCUGCAGAUUCGUUAUACAUGUACCCUCUUGAUAAUUAAGAAUAUGUUUAUCAAAGGUUUUAAAAAUUAUUUUGAUCGAUUAUAUGCUCAUGUUUAUAUUAGGAUUCUCAAAACAUUGAUGAAUUCUUAUGGGCUGUUAACUUCGAUCGGCUCAUUGGCUGCUUGACAGUUGGUAUUGUGCAUUUUAAUCAAUGAAUAAGAAUAUUUACACAGAACAGGGGAACACUUCGAUAUGUGUCCAUGGAUAUAGAUGCAUACAGUAUAUCUAUUCAUUGACUAAAAUUCCGAUACUCCCUAUAUUGCAUGUACUAAAAUAUAUUGUAACGUGCUAAUGUCCAAGAAUAAGGCAGAUGUUAUAUUUACAGUUUACUUACAAAUAUACACAUAUUUACACACAACAUUUAUGUUGAACAACUUCAAAUAGUUGAAGUUCAAUAUACACAUCAGUCCAUCUGCUUACGGAGCAGAACUGACAUCCAUCUGUAUUAAACGCCAAUACAGAACUGACUCAAACUUGGGCAUGCCCCUCAAACUUCAAGGUUCCCAGCCAAAAUCAUAAAGCACCGAUAAUGGCUAACCUUAAUCAGGAAUAUAAACAAUGAACCCUUAUAUUCCCAUGAGAACAUCGGCGACCACUAGUGUAGGACGCUGACAGACAUAUCCCGUUACCGAUUGUGAUAACAGUAUAGAGCAAUAAAUGCUAAGCAUGCAUACAAGAUAAACAAAUAAACAGAACUAGUGAAACUUCAAAAUUAUGACAAUAUGUUGGAAUGUAGGCUUAAAUAAAUAUGUCUUUGAAUACGUCAAAAUACGGAAUAUUGAAGUAAAACUCAGAUUGCGAUCAUUUAAAAAACUAGUAGGCUUGUUUUAAAGAUCUCAAAAGGUUUUAUUUUCUUGCAUGUUAAAAGUCUAUGUAAGAUUUAAUUAUGCCGGUCUUUGGUGCAUGAUUCUUGGAAUGAGAACCGAAAGCUGAUUUUUAAAAAACAGGCAGGUUAAACCUAUUCUUAAAAAAUAGAAUCGAAACUUGCUUGAAAGAAGUCAUGAUCACAUAUUUGCACAAUACACUCGUUUCAAUGUUUGAUUCGUAACUAAGCAUCGCUUCAUUGACUUCAGUAUACAACUAUCAUGAUAAUGUGUAAAUGCAGACGUCUGUGUAACUAAGCAUCGCUUCAUUGACUUCAGUAUACAACUAUCAUGAUAAUGUGUAAAUGCAGACGUCUGUGGAAAAUCAGUAUAAGGUGGGUACUCUACAUCUUAUCUCUUUGUAAUACGGCGUAUUUCUAUCAAUAUGUACAUAAGCAGGAUGACCACUGUUCCCAGACGUAGUACUUAACCGGGAAAAACCUGCAUUGCCAGACAUAGCAAUUUUGCAACAACGUACGAAGAAAACGUUCCACUACCAGUAUAUAUGUUUCACGCGUAAACUUGUGCCGGGACGGAUGUGAAAACAAACAAACAACGGAGAGCUUUAUAAAAACAAUUCCCUUUCAAUCGAAACAGUGGAGUUUGGAUUUGGAAAUCGUUCCUCUGUGUCUACGCUCUUUACGUGUCUAGUCAGAUUCUGUUUUUGGAGUACUCACAUUACAAACCUGUUUUCGGCGUUUGUACAUAGGCAGGAAAACAUGAGAUGAUCAACCAUGUCGGACUCGGUGGCUGAAGCGAAGAAAUCAACCCACAGCAAGUGAGCAAAAUGGAGUUGAAAGAUUCUGCAAAACGUAAACAAAAGCAGUCAUCAGUGGAAUCACACAAACGAUUAAAGAAGGAAGAUUUGCCAGACACACCCGGGUCUUCAACUAUUAAACACUUCACCGGGAUAAAAUCAGACUCUGCAGGAAGAACAAAACGGCGCAUUCCUCAGGUGGAAAGCUCAGAGUCGAAAGUUUCACGAGUGGAUGAAUGUUGCGGGGCAGAGGAUGGGGAUAGCGAUUAUGAAGGCUUGGAUGAACCUCCAAUUCGGCGACAGUUACAGAACAUCCUGCAACAGUAUCCAGAUGGUCCCCAAAUCAUUAGGGAGUUGGUGCAGAAUGCAGAAGAUGCAGAAGCCAGUGCCUUUAAAGUCAUGCUUUGUGAGAAGGAUCAUUUAGGUCCAGGAGAUUUUCAUCCCAUGUACAGGAAAAUUUUCGAAGGGCCAGCCUUGUGUACAUUUAAUGACGGUGUCUUCUCGGAAAAUGACUGGAAAGGCAUAAAAAAGAUUUAUACCAGUGUGAAGGAGAAAGAUGCCCUUAAAAUUGGACGAUUCGGUUUAGGAUUCAAAUCAGUAUUUCAUCUUACAGAUACGCCUAUCAUAGUGAGUGGAGACCGAUUGCUGGUCAUCAACCCCACUAGGACCACAGAGAAAGUUUGUCACAAUGUCACAUUCAAAAAGCUGACCUCUGAAAAAUACAAAGCGACUCUUUGGCCAGUACUAAAGAAAGUUUUCAAAAUGGAUGCAGGAGGAUUUUUUGGAUUUAACACAUCUUCGGUGAAGAAGGAAUAUUAUCCAAAUACUCUGUUUUGGUUUCCCUUGCGACAAGAACCAUCUUCACUUCUGGACAAGGUCUGUCCACCCUCCAAGAUAAAGAGCCUAAUGGAGUCCUUCAGGAAAGAAGCUGACACCAUUCUCCUGUUUCUUCAGAACAUUAACACAAUCACCAUCAUGGAAAACAAGGACAGCAUACUGUAUGAAGUUACAAUAGAAGGAGUAGGUGCAUCCAAGCAAGAGUUUUCCAAAUCCAGAACAUUCAUAAAGAAUCAGUUGAAGAGCUUAAAAACUAAACCAGACCAUUCCUUAAGCGUCGCUUACAAUGCUCAGCUGACUACCAGCAAUGUGAAAGAGGGACACCAAAAGACAGCAAUGUUCAAAAUAGUCAGCUUCUUUCAAGGCACAACUGAAAUGUCACAACCUCUUAGGAAGCUGUUGGAGGAAGGCGACAAUGAUCCGUUUGUAGGGGUAGCUUACCCAUUGCAGUUAGAUGAAUCGUUCAAUGCACACGUUUUCUGUUUUCUACCUUUGCCUCUGCAGUCCAAAAGUUUGACCAAUUUACCCAUACAUGUGAAUGGGUUCCUUAACCUUGAUCCAACAAGGGAUCAUGUCUUACAAGCCACAGCAGGGCAAGUUGGAAAGAGAGAUGAUAAAAUCAAAUGGAAUGAGCUGUUGAUCAUGGAGGUAAUGUCUCAGGCAUAUGUGAAGCUGUUUGUGGAUCUCAAAAGGGAAGGUAGCCCCGCAGAAGUUAUCUACCGUUGUUUGCCAGAGGUUAAAAACGUUGACUGUAAACUAUGGAGGAAACUCCUUCCACCAGUUUUUGAGCAUGUCCUCAAAAUGGAAGUCUUUCAGACUGAAAGAGUAAAGAAAACAUGGGUUAGUUUUGAAAAUGCUGUAUUUGAUGUAUUUGAUAAGGAAGAAAGAGAAAUAACCAAAGAAAUAGAAGACCAAGUAAUAGAACUGCUCAAAGACUAUGAUGAAAACAUAGUCGUGUUGCCCAAGAAUUUGAAAAGUUUAGUGGAGUCCUGGACUAUGUACAGCUUUCUUCUUGAAGUUCAUCCAAAAGUAAUCAGUUCAAGGUAUGUAGCUGACCUUUUACACAGAGAUCCACAAUAUAAACUGAAGUCCAGAGAAAGCAAAAUAAUCCUGCUAGACUACUUUUUGAGAUGUGCUGAUCCUAAGGAUUUCAGAGAACUGGAAUUGUUGCCCUCAGAUGAUAAGACCCACUUUCUGUCUUUUGUAUCCAAAGGACACUUAUACUUGUGUUCCGAUAAAAAGACAGCUGCAUUGUUUCCAAAGCUGGAGAAACAGUUUUUGUCAGAUUUGCCAAACGACAUGUCAACCAGGCUUCUGAAAAUUCCAAACAAUGUGGUGAAGGAGUGGACUCCUGAAUAUUUCUCACAUCUGCUCAAAGAAUCGAUCAAACUUCAGGGAAUCAAAUCGGCCUCCAUGCUCAAUAGCCAAGACAGAAAAAAGGUGUCAUUGUGGAUUAAACGAGUAUGGACAUUUUUGUCAGAAAAUGAAGAAUUGAUCCAACAGGUUGAAAACCUUCCGAUUCUACUGGAGAAGGAAACUGGAAAAGAAAUUAUUCAAAGACUGCAUGUCUUGAAAGGAAAUUAUAUGCUAACAAAAUCACAGAAUUUGUCUCCACUUCCACAUUCAGUGAGAACAAUUUUGGAAACUUGUGGUAUGAUAUUACUAGAAGAAGUUUUAUUUGUCCAAUAUCCAACAGUUACAAAGUAUAUUGCACAGCCAACAGUCAAAGAUGUUUGCAAAGUGUUGGAAAAAGCCUUAAGAAAUGAUGAGAGAUGCAUUGACAAGAUUAAUUCUCUACCAGAGGCAGUGAGAAAACAAUUUGCUCAAUUCAUGGCAACUUGUGCCCCAUGUGAUAUGACAAAUUCCUUAACCGAAUUUCUAAGGAGAGUGAAAUUAUUCCCAGUAUCCUAUUCACAUGGAGCCACCCAAGACCUUUAUGCAGUUAAUGGUGUUAACGGAAUAGCACCCAAAGGUUUGAAAAAAUUUCCUGUCAAGUAUUGCACUCUUCUGAUCGAUGGAAAUUAUCAGCAUCUGUCUUUUGUUGAGAGUUUGGGUUGCCAGGAAUAUGAAGAAGAGAGGUUGAUGGAGGAGACUUUGUGCAGAAUACGUAGGAAAGAAGUUUAUCAAGCAAGGGAAGUGGCCAUGUUUAUGAAAUAUUUCAUGGAUAGACUCAAUGACUCUACCCCUAAUGAGCAGUUAGAGAUUGCAUCUGCUAUUCCCUUCAUUAAGAAUGGAAAUAAAGAAUUGAAACCUCCAAAGGAUUUCUUUGAUCCACUGAAUGCUGAAUUGUGUGAGCUUUUCCUAGGAGAGGAAAAUAUUCGUUUUCCAAAUAAAACUGGAAAAUUGCAAAGCAUUGCUUCGAAACUACACAAACUGAAGAUAAAAUCCACUGCAGAUGUCACCACAAAGGAUUUAUUAGAAACAAUCACUUUUAUAGAAGCAAAAGGUGCAAAACUAGAUUCCUCUAAACUGAAGAAGAAGGCAAAUGCUUGCUUAAACUUUGCUACGAAUUUGCAGCAAGAUUCAAAAUUUGAAGAUUUCAUUAAUAAAAUAAGGCAACUGCAUUGGAUCCCAGUGAUGAAAAUGAGACCAAUCAAAUAUCCAAAGCAGAUGAAAUGGAGAGGAGAGGAGAAAAAAGGACCAUGCAAGCCCACCGAAGCUUGUUUUCAAGAUCAUAGUUCACUAGUUGGAUCUGUGUUUUUCAUAUCUGACUGUGAUGAAACUCAAAACCUGUUAGACAAAUUACUACAUCAACCAACCUCAGAUUUGGUCAUUCAACAAUUGAAACAUUUAUCAGAGAGGUAUAAACAUUCAAAGAAUACAAUUGAAUAUGAGUUGAUGCUGAAAGAGUUGUAUGAGUAUUUGGCCUCAAAGCCCAUAUGUACAGAAGAUUUGAAAUUUGAAGAUGUUGUUCCAACCAAAUCGUCAUUAACAAGAAGUUCAAAUAUCUACCUUGAAUUUCUGCCAAAUACUCACCAAAUAUCGUUAGAGCCUUACAUGUACCAGUUGAGUGAAAAAUGGUUGGAGUCUGGAAUGAGAAUUUUUUUUAUUUCUAUUGGCUGCAAAGACAGAUUGACAUAUGAAGAUCUGAUACUGGUUCAAGAAAAAAUCAGUGCUUACCACAACACUAAAAAUAGGUCAUUAGAAAGCACCGAGAUUGAAAGAGAUUUGUCAAUGAUGGUUAACAUUUUGGAGAUUUUGAAAGAAAUGCGAGAUGAAUUAUCCCAAGAAGAACUUUCUCGUGUUUUAUUUCCUAUUCAGACAAAAUCAAAGAAACUUAUUCUAAAGCAAUCUCUUGAAUGCACUUAUACAGAUGAUAAUUCUCUAACAGAUGAAUUCUCAGAAUUAGAAGAGGAUGCAGAAAGAGAGGAAGACAAAGAACUUCAAUUUGUUCAUGAAAGGAUUAGAAACUUCAUUGCAGAGUGCCUUGGUGUUCCUUCCUUGACACGUAGAGUGAUGGAAAGUGGUGGAAUUGUUGAUUUGGAGUUUGAGCAAUGGGGACAAGAGGAACCACUCACAACAAGGAUACGAAAUCUUUUAGAUGAUUACACAGAUGGCUUGUCUGUAUAUAAAGAAAUGCUACAAAAUGCUGAUGAUGCUGGAGCAAGCUGUAUGAAAAUACUAUACGAUGAGAGAAAAAAUGAGCAAGCAAGAACGGGUUUGAUCGAUAAAGGUAUGGAAGAGUGCCAAGGACCUGCCCUCUGGUUUUACAAUGAUGCCAAAUUUGAAGACAAAGACUUUCAGAAUAUCAUAAAACUUGGAGGUGGAACUAAAAAAUCAGAAAAGACAAAAAUUGGUAAAUUUGGAUUAGGAUUUUGUUCCGUUUACAAUGUGACGGAUGUCCCCAGUAUUGUCAGUGGAAAAUACCUUGUUUUCUUUGACCCACGAACAAUACAUCUAGGGAAGGCUAUCAAGGACAAAUCAAAGCCAGGUCUUCGCAUUCCUAUAUCAAAGGUGGUGAAUAAGUUCCGAAAGCAGUUCAUGCCUUACAAUAAGAUUUUCCAAUGUGAUCUUUCACCAGAGAGUCGUGGGGGAGAGUAUGAUGGUACUCUCUUUAGACUUCCUUUACGCACUGCUAAACAGGCUGCAGACGACCCAAAUGGCAUCUCAACAACGGAGUACAAACGGGGAGAGGUAGUGUCUAUCAUAAAGAAAUUCAUGGAAUCAGCCGGCAAUCUAUUACUGUUUACCCAAAAUGUGGGAAGAAUAGAGCUACACUAUCUGCAAAGUGAUGAUCCAGAAAAAUGUGAACUGAUAUACUCGGUUGAAAGGAAUAUUGGACACGAACAAUGUAUGAACAUUCUUGAAGAGGCCAAACAAAGGAUAGAUGAAGAUAUGGUUCAGACAUUACAAUUUGAUAUCGCAGUAGAAGUGAAUGCCACUGGCAUCAAAAGCCUACUAGGGAAAGAUUUUGAAAAUAUGAUGACUGGAUCAACUUCCAACUGGAUUGUGUCCUGGGCUGUUUCAGACACGGAGCUAGAUAUUCCAGGAUGUCUUCCUGUAGCCAGUACAGCAAUUCCUCUCUCUUUUUCACUCAAUGGCAGUGGACAAGUACCCUAUGGAUUUUACAACACUGGACAUGUAUUCUGUUUCCUUCCCCUUCCACAAAAAAGUCAAACAGUAGUGCAUCUCAAUGGAUGUUUUGCUGUAGAACAUAGCAGAAAGAGAAUUGUCUCUCCAUCUCCAGAUAACGUGUCAGAAGAACGUGCAGACUGGAAUCAUUCUCUGAUGUCACACGAACUUAGCAUGGCUUAUGUAAAUAUGCUGGAAAAUAUCAAAGAAUGUGCUCAGUUAGAAAACUAUCUGUACUCCACAGCAUGGCCAGUGUCCCUUGAAGGAAAUGCUUUCAACCCACUUGUGUGCGGAUUUUAUGAAACCAUUUCUCAAAAUGAUUCCAAAGUAUUUUUUUCCAAUGGGAAUUUACUUCAGAAGUUUUCUCUCAAGGAAUGUGUUUUUUUGGAUGGUGAUUUGCAAAAUGAUUCCGUGAUUGGUGAAACUGCCUUCCAGUGCUUGCAGCAGUUCAAUCCUUUCCAGAAACAAGUAAUGUACAUGGAUUGUACAAUACAAAAGGAGUUCGAGAAUGCCAACUGUGAAAAUGCCUUGCAGGCACAAAUAUGUUCUGAGAAAAGCUUUCACACACAGGUAUUCCUUGUUAAUCUUCAAAAUGAGUUUUGGAAUUCUGAGAUCCGAAAAGAAGUUCGUAGAAAUCUUCUGAAGCGCAUCCUUAGAAACAAAGGUCUUUUAGAGGUUCGAGAAAAAAUGAAAGAUAUUGAAUGUAUUCCAACAAAGCCCGAUGGAUUACUGCGAAGACCUUCAGAUUUAAUCAAUCCAUACUCUAGAAUCAUUAGCGACAUGUUCUGCGACUCUGAUAAUAGAUUUCCUGAUGAUGAAUUCAUGUCACCAGAUGUCAUGGAAUCUCUAAUGUCUCUUGGGAUGAAUACAGAUCAUUUGCCUGAUGCAUUAUUGCUUGAAAGAAUACGAAAUGUAAAUAUGUGUGCUCAGAUUGAUUGUGACUUGGCAAAGAACAGAUUUAGAGCUGUAAUGAGAUACAUGACACAUUGCAGUGUAUCUCCAUAUGUGUUAAAAGAAAUACAAUGGAUUCCAUUUCUUCCCAUAAUGGUAAAGCCAAAGAACUGGCCAUGCAAGUGGUUUUCAACCAGAGAGUUUCAUUUUGCAGCUCCUAAUGACUUGUUCAGGAUGGAUUGCAAGUUCCUGAUAGGAAGUGUUCAAAAAAUUCUGGAUGAAACCAUUGUAACUGAAUCGGGAAAUGGAUUCCUGAAAAAACUUUUCAUUAAGAGCGUGACUGACGUGAAGAAUGAUCUUGUUAUUGGCCAGCUUCAAGCUAUUUCAGAAUUACGAAACAGGGUCACAAUUUCUCUUGAAGAAUCUACCAAUACUGAGAGGAUAUGUGAUGCAGUAUAUGAUUAUCUAAACAGGACACCACAAUAUGAUUUGAAAUGCUUUCAGGAUUUACCUUGUAUUUGGUUAUCAGCAUCUUUCACAUUGGUGAAACCAUGUUGCUCAUCACUCUGCAGUUCAGAUGAUGCCCCGCCCUACGUUUACAAAGUUGAUCCCAAGUGGUCCAGGUACAAAUCUUUCCUACUGAAUGUGGGUGUUCAUCAGCAUGUAGAACCAGAGUUCAUAUUGGAAAUUUUGAGAAGCAUUGAGAUGAAAGAGGGGGAAAUUGUGGACAAUUUGGAUGCUGUUGUCAGACUGUACAAUUUGCUAUCUAACAGUAAGUGUGUGAAAGGUUUUCCACAGCUUCUACCAGACCAAGAUGGUAUAAUGAGAAAGCCCUGUGAUAUGUGUUUUGAGGAUGGAAAUGAAAAGAUUACAAAUGCAGAUAGACUGGUUUUCACUCAUGCAGAUCUAAAAGUCAAAACAUGCAAGAAAUUCAAAGUGCAUUCCAAAAGUGCAAAGUUUAUUCGAAGAUUCUCAACAGGUGUUCCCUUUGGACAAAAAGAAAAACUUGUUACAAGAGUUAGAAACAUUUUGGAGGACUACCCAUGUGAUAUUUCAAUACUGAAUGAACUAGUCCAAAAUGCUGAUGACGCAAAAGCAACAGAAAUACAUUUUGUGUAUGACCGACAAUCUCAUUCUACAAAGGGACUUUUUGACGAAUCCAUGAAGGGUAUUCAGGGACCGGCACUUGUUGUAUUUAAUGACUCAUGUUUCUCUGAGAAAGAUAUUGAAGGAAUAUCAAAUUUAGGGGAGGGCAGUAAAUCUACUGAUCCAAACCAAACGGGUCAGUUUGGGAUCGGGUUUAAUGCUGUUUACCACAUCACCGAUGUUCCAUCUUUCUUGACCAAAGGAGAGCAAACUCCAAAUGGUGGAACCUUGAUUAUGUUUGACCCACAUUGCAGAUACAUACCUGAUGCAACUCAAGAGAGUCCAGGAAUGAAAGUUGAUGAUCUUGAUUGUGUCAAAGAGAAAUACACAGGUACUUACAACACCUAUCUCCAGGAAAUUCUCCCAGCUUCUACAGGAACUUGGUUCCGUUUCCCCCUCCGAACGAAAGAAAUGGCAGAAAAAUCAGAAAUUAGAAAAAAUGGGGAAAUUAAUGAAAAGAUCAUGAAAGACAUUUUAAUGAAAUUUCAAGAAGAAAUGUCCAGAUCUCUUUUAUUCUUGAAUAAUGUACAUAGCAUAAAAUUGUCAGAAAUUAAUGAAGAAGGGAAGAUGUCAACUUGGUGUGAAGUAACCACUGAAUUUCUUGAAGAUUCAGAAUCAAAUGAGAUGAGAUUGUUUCAGUUAAAGUGUGAUCGUGAGUUGCUAUCAUUGAAGAAAGGAGAGAUGGUAGUUGGGGGGCGUCCUGGAUUUAGUUGUAAUUAUCGCAUUGCUUUGAACGGUGAAGUUUGUGAACAGCAAUGGCAUGAAAUCUGGGCGAUUUCAAGAGUAUUCGGGACAAUGACAGCAGUGGCGGUACCAGAUUUGUUGAGGAGUGGUUACAGGACGGAGAGAGUGAACCUUUCACCAAGAGCUGGAAUUGCAGCUUGUCUACAAUCAAAUUUUCCUUUUGCAGAGCAAGACGAUAAUUUUGUUGACUUUAGCACGAGUUCGCCGUUAAUUUCUCAUGAAGAUUGUCAUUUUAUGGAGCAAGACAGUGAUUCUGUUGACUCUCACAUCAGUUCACCGUUAACUUCUAAGACAUCCAGGGCAUUUUGCUUCUUGCCAUUACCUGGACCAACUGGGCUCCCAGUCCAUAUAAACGGUCACUUUGCUCUGAAUUCGAGCAGAACACAUAUCUGGAGAGAUGACCAAAAAGAACACACUUUAAAGGGUUCAUGGAAUGAAUUGAUAUUGAGUGAUGUUUUGCCAUUUGCAUACAUAACCUCCAUGCAGUUCCACAAGCAGAUCUUGUUUACAGAUUCUCUGGGUAUUCAUGCAGAAAAUAUUGAAAAGUACAACAGAUAUUUCCCAAUCAUUGACCAGAUAAAAGAUGAUAUAUGGAAAACAGUUGUAGAGGUAUUUUACAACAGAGUUCUGUCUCAUGAAAUUGCCUUGUUUCCAGUAUUGCUUGAUGAAGAAACGAUCACAUCAAUGAGGAAAACGGACUUCAUUCUUGCAAAAGCGGCCAUGAUCCAAGACCGGAAAAAUUCCGUGGUUGCAUUUGUACCUUUGAAAAGCAAUGAGCAGGAGUUCCCUGCAUACUUUAAUGAAAUAGAAACGACCUUUGAUAUGAAUCAACAUAUUUCAGAAAAAGAAAGGUUCUCCAAGAUCAAUCAGAUACUUCAUGCUUCUAAGAUAGAAAUGACUGCAGAAAUCACAAAACUUCUUAAGAUGCUCGGUCUUAAACUUGUGGAUUCAACAUCUGAAAUAUUCAAGAGUAUUCAAAUAUCUUUAAAUGGUGAGUUUAUUCCAAAAGCUGUAGAUGUUCAUGAUGUGAUGCAGUUUUUACGAUCAUGGAAGACAACGCAUGUCGAUAAGUGCAGAAUUGAAUCUGUAGAUGUAGAAAUUGGAACAUCACUGUUGAUCGAUGUGACAAAGGUGAUGUCAUUGUUGUCUUAUUUCUUUCAAACUGGUGGACACAUCAAACAACUUGAGGGAAUUCCAUUAUGUGUCUUGGAAAAUGAGAAAUUGACAUGUUUUUCUAGAUUAUGUCCAAAAAUAGUGUCCGAAUUUUGUCAUCUUCUGAAGAAGUCUAGUGAGUAUUUCGUGCAUAAAGAGUUGGUUCCAAUUUUUAAAGAAAGAGAUCAAACUAGCCCAUGUGUGAAGAAUUUGACUAUAGCACAGUUUGCAGAGUUAUUGGAACAGAAUAUUUCGAUCAUCUACAGGAGUAAGAACCCUGUGAAGUGGAAUAACUCUGACGUAGAAGAAAAAUGGAUUCAGGAAGUAUGGCAGUUUCUUUCAUCAACAGACAGAACAGAGAUGAGAGCAAAUGAGUGCACCAAAUAUCUCUCAGAUUGGUGUCUUGUUCCUGUUCAAACCAGAUCAGGGCAAGCUUAUUUAUAUCCCUUGUGCUUAUCCUAUGCUGUUUUCAGUACUGCCUCUGAAUGGGAUGAUAAAACAAUAUUAAACAUGUUAUCCAGUAUGCAAUUUCCAAGAUUAGUGAAGCAGAAGUCUUACAAUAGUAAGGUUCUUCUGAAUGAUUUGUGUGCCUCGGAGUUGACACCACAUAACUUACUGAGGAUGUUUCAGUAUCACAAAGAGAUGUAUCGUGAAAGCAUAUCCACCAUGACUGCUGCUAAAGUGUUGCAAUUUUUGCUGGCCAAACUACACACUGCUGUGAAAAGCAAAGAUCGAAGAACUCUACAAAUUUUUCGAGACACAUGCCUCUUUGAAACUCUAGAUGGCCUUGUCACAGAUUUGCCAGAGAAUAAGAAAAUAAUCUGCUUUAAAGAUAAUGAAGAUAUACCAUUGAAAAAUCUUGAUUCAGUGUGUCAGCGCUUAGAAAUUGAGAUGCUCAAGAGGAAAGACUUGCUGGAAGAUUUUGAUGUCGAUUUCAUGACACUGGAAGACUUUUAUGUUGAUAUUUUCUUGAAGCAGGCAGGUUGUUUGGAGAAUUUCAUCAUCACGACUCACAUGCAAUACAUUAGAGAUGCAAAGUUAUAUUUGUGUGGUCGCUCACAAGAGAUGAAGAAUUUGUUGUCGGGUAUAGCAUGGAUUAAAAAUGAAGAAACUGGAGAACUUCAAAGAGUUUGUGACUUUUACUCACCGUAUGUAAGGGUUUGUAAUCUUUUAUGUUCAAAAAAAGAUUUAUUGCCCUCAGAAUUCCAUGAUAACAAGUGGAGGUGUUUCAUGGAAUUCUCCGGAAUCAAGACAGAGGUACCAUUUGAUCUGUUGCUGAAGUUUGGUAAGCAGAUUGAGAGCUCAAGUAAUGUAGACGAAUAUGUUGCAGAGAAAUCUCAAGUCCUUGUUGAUUACAUUUUACAACACAAGAAAAUGAAAGAUAUGGGAUUUCCUGACUUUAUGCGGAAGUUCAGAAAAAUUAAAUGUGUGGUUCCAUUCCAAGUAUUACCAGAAUAUACAAGCAUACUUCCUCAACAUGAACAUUGUGGACUUGUUUGUUUUGAAGGAUCAGUGGCGUCCCGAGGUUGGGAAAUCAUGUGGUCACGGUGCGACAUUGUUCCAGAGAAAACCAUUAAAAAUGUGGACAGAGAUAUCCUGGGGAUUAAGUCUGUACCGGAUGUCAGUGAUGUGAUAAAUCACAUUCACACUCUUUGUCGAGAAUUGAGAACAAGACAAUGCUCAGUGGAGUUUUCAAAGGUGUUGAUGGAGCAAAUUUAUAGUAAAUUAGAUGAAUUAUUGUCUACUUCAUGUAAUAGUAGACUCGUCACUGAAGAGCUAAAACGAGGACUGACAGAGACACCUUUCAUUUAUGAUAAAGCUACAGACAAAUUCCUUCAUCCAUACGAGGUUGUGCUACGUCUCGAUACGGGAAAGUGUAUAGACAGUUACCUCUACAGAGGUCCGGAAGAAUGGGGCAAUUUUUACGAAAUGUUCAGACAGAUAGGUGUGGAGGAUCAGCCAGGAUUUUAUCACUACUUACGGUUAUUUCAUUCACUGCGUAGUAAAACAUCUUCAAAUACUAUGACACCGGAUGAAUUAGGUAUUGCUAGAAAUGCCAUAAAGGGGUUAGUAGCGUCUCUUCAGCCUGAAAGUCUGUCAGGUCUUCAGCUUCCACAGAUAGUUGAUUUAUAUCUGCCUUCAAAAAGCAACAAACUGAUCUUGUCAACUGAACUUGUUUUGUGUGAUCGAGUAUCUUUUGAAAGAAGAAUUCCAGCUGAGUUUCCAAUAGAUUAUGUAAAGACAAACUCAAAAGAGACCAUGGAAUUGUUAAAGACACUAGAUCACCAAUUCAGACCAAAAUUGAUGUCACAGCUUUUUUACGAGGAGUCCCUUAUAGGGCCUGAAUGUGAGGAUAAUGGAAUGUUGUAUAACCUGAGAAGGGUGUUUCAGUCAGAGACGUUUUUGAAUGGAAUUCUUGGUUAUAUUCAGAAGAAGAAGUCUUCAAGCAUCACAGAGACACAGAAGUCGAGAAUUAAGCAUGCUUUUCAAGAUGCAAGGUUCAAAACAGUUUCUACACUUCAAACAAUUUUGAAUUACAAUGGUACUCGGGUUGAUUCAACUAUUGAAGACAAGUUUAUAUACUAUUCAAAAUCUGAAGGAAAAAUGAUGAUUUAUUUGAGAAAUGAUCCCUCUCUGACUUCAUUUGAAAAGUGUUUCAAGGUAUGGAAAAACAAGCUAUGUCAAGUUUUGUGUCUAUGCUCUGAGUGGUUGCUGUCAAGAGAGGAGGAUGAUUUGAUUCAGGGACUUCUUCAAACCGAGUCUGAUUCCGACAUUUUGGAUAUUCUUGCAAAACAUGAAGUCAAGUUACUAUCAGGAACUUGGUCACAACUUGGUUUACACAUUCCCUUAGACCAGCAUGAUUUGAUUGACAAUGGAUUUUGUGACUUUAUGGAAGAAGAGAUUGUGGCAUAUGAAAGACUUGAUCCAGUAGCAGACCACAACAGUGAUGACAAUAUAAGGGUGGUGGACUCUGAGUUUAUUUAUGUACGUGUGAUGAAGAAAGAAGAUGACUCAUCAGAGGAGUUCCCCAUGUAUACAGUGUUUGAUGGCAGCCAGGAUAUAUCAGUACGUUCAAUUAAACUAUAUAGAAUUAUUCGCAAGACUGAAGAACAGUCAGCAGACCUGGUACCUUUUAGCACUCAGCGGAUUCGAAGUGAGGGUACGGACAAAGAAAGAAUUUUUGCAGAUAUCAGAAGAAUGUUAAUUGCUGCAUGGAAAUUACCAAGGUCAGACAGAAGGAAAGUCAUCAAACGACUAUUUUUGCAAUGGCAUCCAGAUAAAAAUCCAGAAAAUCCUAAUGUGGCAAAGGAUGUAACUCAGUUUAUCCUGGAUAUAAUUGGAAAAUUGCAACGAGGAGAGAUUGGAAUAGAAAAUUACUCAUCAGGAUACAGUACUGGACAUCGAUCUUCCUAUCACUAUGGUACAUCAUCAAAUGAGUGGUACACUUUCCAAGAAACAGUUAACAAAUGUAGCAGCCGAAGACAGCAAAAUAGAAGAAAGUAUUAUUACACAUGCUCUGGAGGUAGUGAAUACAGCCAUUUUGGUUAUCAUGAAUAUCAAUAUUAUGACAGAUGCUCUGGAGGUAGUUAUUACAGGCCACCAAAUCCACAACCAGCUGUUGCUCUGCAGUGGUUGAGGCAGUCUAAGUACGACUGUAUUGCAGCUCGUCAACAACUGCAGGCCUGUAUAGCGUCACUAAACGGUGGGGAUGCAGUGAAAACAUGGAACUGGAUAUGCUACAAAUCUCAUCAGUCGUGUGAGAAGGCAUUUAAAGCUUUGUUGUAUGGUGAGGAUGCCAAUAUUGCCUCCAGACACCAGACCACCCAUGAUUUGUCGUCCUUGACAUCGGCUUCAUCCUCUUCAGGAUCCGUUCAGGCCUUGGUGAAUCAGUUUUCCAACAGCGUCACCAAUCUUCACACAACAAUGAGAUACCCCACCGAUGGACAUAUACCCGGGGACCAGUUCACCCGUCAGCAGGCGGAGGCAGCUGUAGAAAUUGCAGAGAGAGUGAUUGAGGAAUGUGAAAACUGUUUGGGAUUUUGACCUCUUUGAUUAUAAGUGUCAUUAUACUUGUACGACAUGGCUGGUGGACCUAUGGUCAUAGUGUUCACAACCAAUGGGAAAACCUAAUUUUUUGUACUAUAAACACUAUUGUUAUUUUAACUUUUAUUGCAGUAGAUACCAACAACUGAAAUAGACUGUGUGAGGGAACAGUACUAUUAUAUAACGUUAUUGAAUCCAUGUCAAUAGACUGUGAGGGAACAGUACUAUUAUAUAAAGUUAUUGAAUCCAUGUCAAUAGACUGUGUGGGAAUAUUACUGUUAUAUAAUGUUACUGAAUCCAUGUCAAUAGACUGUGAAGGAACAGUACUAUUAUAUAACGUUACUGAAUCCAUGUCUUGGGUCUUUUGAUAUAAUGUCAUUAAGGCUUGAUACACUAACCUAAGAUAUUUAUUGGUAAUAAGCCCAUGUCGGACAUUUCGUUCUUUUUGCGGAGUAAUGACAUGACCAUUAUAAAUGUAGAAGAUCUGCAUGUGCUCGUUUUAGAGGAAAAAAGUUUCUCUUAAUUUAAAUUCUCUUAAACAUUCGAGUUGAGGUAAAAGAUUCCAAGGGGAUUUAAAUACAGUACAAUAUUAUUAGAUGACAUUCAAACAAUCAUCAGAGUAAUAACCAAAAUUACAAUUCUGUAACAAUGACAGAUCAUUAUAUUUGGAAACAUUGCAGUGUAUCGAAACUCCGUACCUGAUCAGGAUAUGGGGCUCACGGCGGGUGUGACCGGUCAACAGGGGAUGCUUACUCCUCCUAGACACCUGAUCCCACCUCUGGUGUGUCCAGGGGUCCGUGUUUGCCCAACUAUCUAUUUUGUAUUGCUUGUAGGAGUUAUGAGAUUGAUCACUGUUCGUUAUCUUCACCUUGCAUUAAACACAUUUUUACUAACAUAAUUCGUAUUUUUGGGGCGAUUUUUGAUAACCAAUUGUAAAAUAGUAAGUUGUAAUGUUUUACAUAAUAUUCUUUAGAUUAACACAGGAAGUGAUGUGGUUUGUGCACCUAUGUUCUAGAUUUAGUAGAUAACAGUGUUUGUACAUCCUUCUAACAUCUGUAGGUAUAUUGAGGUUCAGUGUAGUUAAUUUUCAUCUUAACUGUGUAUAGGAAUUUGUAUACAUUUACAUAUAUUAUUAUUCUGGGAUACAUGAUAAUAAUCAUAAUGAAUAAAUGAAAUGAUAAAUAAAAUCAUAAUAACAAUAAUGAAUAAUAAAUAAAAUAAUAAUAAUGAUAGAUAAAAUUUAUAUAGCUCCUACAUGUAGAGUUUGUCACUGUGUUUUAGCUCACCUGAACUUUUGGCUUGUGUUAGAGUUUUUUCUGAUCUAGUCUGAAGUCUGUUAUGUGUAAACUCUGGUUAUUUACGUUUAUUGAAAUGGAUAACCAUACCCCCUCCUUUCAAAAGGCAAAAGAAAGAAGUAUAAAAUUAAAGUGGAAAAAAUCAUCAGUGGACAAGGUUCACCUUCAACUUAAAUGAAAGCUGAAUUCCUCAGAUUCGGAAUCUUUUAAGGAGGAGGGUUGUAAAAGUUAACCAGGGGUGGGGAGAUGUAGCCUCCCUCUGUAUCUGCCACUGGACUGUUAAAGUUAACAGGGGUUGAGAGAUGUAGCCUUCCUCUGUAUCUGCCACUGGAUAACGUUAACCAGGGGUGGGGAGAUGUAGAGUCCUCUGUGUCUGCCACUGGACUGUUAAAGUUAACGGGGGGAUGUAGCCUCCCUCUGUAUUUGCCACUGGAUAACGUUAACCAGGGGUUGGGAAAUGUAGAGUCCUCUGUGUCUGCCACUGGACUGAUAAAAUUAACCAGGGGUGGGGAGAUAUAGCCUCCUCUUUAUCUGCCCCAUGACUAUAUCGUACAUUCAGAGCAUGACGUGGUCCAGAAUGUGAUUACAAUAAGGAUUUUACACAAUAAUUAGUUAAUAUAAGCAUUCUCUUCAAAACAUGGAGGAACAUUUUGUCAAUGUUGCAAACAGUUUAUUUGAAAAAUUUGACAGUGGCCGGUACAGGUUGGGGUUGGCAGUUUUAAUUUAAUUUUUCUGUACACGGAUAUGAAAUCCAAUGCUCAGGUGAGCGAUGUGGAAUGUAGGACUCUUUCUCUACAGACUUGCUGUUAUUCUGUCUUUUUAUGUCAUGAUAAAAGUGAGAAACAUUG